GCCUUCAAAGAUUUCUCAACCUCUUUUGGCCCUUCACUUAUAUAUGGAUAAUAUAUAACCCUUUUUUUCUCUCAUUUUUUUCUUCACUUUUUCCCUCCACUUUUUCUCUUACUAUUCCUUUGUUUCCUCGUAGAAAUUAACCUGAAUAUCUAACACAAAUAUCCCAAAACCUAACACUUUUUCGCCUUUUUUCUCCUCUCUAAAAAAUGUACCUUAAACAUCAACUCCCUUGUUUGCAUUGCCAACCACAUGACUACAUUAGAAUGGUUCAACAUAUGAUUGAGAGGUGUUUGCUCCUUCAGAUGAGCAGAGAUGACUGUGUCAAAGCACUGGCUAAGCAUGCUAAGAUUGAACCAAUCAUCAGCCUAACAGUUUGGAAAGAGUUGCUUAAAGAGAACAAAGCCUUCUUUCGUGACUAUUUCCAGCUCAACUCAAAGGAGGGCUAAUUUCAGAAGAAGAAAGUAUUGAGAAAGAUGAUCCAAAAUCUCUAUGACUGAAGAUCACUUAGAAACUAAAUAGAAGUGAUCAAGAACUUGACAGACCUCUAUUUCAGCCUUCAGAUUGCAAAAUAUAACUGGGUCUUUUUUUCUUUAAUGAUUUUAGACCCAGAUAAAGAUUGUAAUAUCUUAUCCUUUUAUAUAUAAUAUGCUAAGUUCCCUUAAUCUUA